AUGGUUUUUGCUGAGGGUCCAUGCUCACAACUGUUGGAUAUGUGGCCAUACAUUGGCAUAUGGCCCCAUAUACGACUUGAACAUGAGGCAAGGGCGCCGCCGAUGAAAACGCAAAAGUACAAAAACAGGAGGAAAGACGGCAGCAGGUACAACGACGCGAGGCCUGUCGAACCGCACAUACCUAAGAAUGACAUUGCAAAAGAGACGCAGAGACUUGACACCCAGGUCACGAAAUGCAAGGUCGGGGUUGCUUGGAUCGAUCUGCUGGAGAUGCAAGAUCGCCUCAAAUUCGGCAAAUACAAUGACAGGCCGCCUAACGAUGCAGAGAUCAACAAACUGAUCAUAUCCUUCAAGUCCUCAGGGAUAGUACCUAUGAAGGACGUGUCAGCGAUCCCGAUCAUCAUCGACAUCAAGCGAAUUGAAAGAGGACUCGCGCUUGCCACUGGUUUUGAUGAACCGGAUGCCGUGCCUGAACUUAAGCUUGUUGACACAGAGGUCGUCGUCGUCGCCUCUGGUCAGCAUCGUCUUGCAGCACUGUGCAAGUACCAUCAGACUCUUGAGGAUGAGAUGGCGUCGUUGGAGAAGAAACGAGCGAAGAUAGCAGGUCUCAAAAACGUGUCAGAAGAACAUGUCGCGACGUAUGAAGCCUUACGAGAGGAGAUUGGGAGUAUCAUGGGACUUCUGGAUGGCAUUGGCAAAUGGGGCGUGAUCGUCUAUGACAGUGACAAGCUGUUGGCGAAGGACGAGACGCUGGCCAUGCAUUUGAGCAGGAACAACACCUUGCAUGAGUUCAAAGAGACGGAAGAGGAGAUUCUUGUAUCAGUGUUCAAAAAGAUACAGGAGAUAUACAAGAACUCGCCUGUCGACAAACGGCUCAAGCUCGCCAAGAACGAACUGCAGGAAGCUCGCAACAAACAUGUCAAAAACGCACGCAUACAGAAGGUCCUCCAUCACGACAGUCUUUGCAUCCUGCUCGCAACGCGUCUUCUACACUUGGGCCCUCAUUUUCGCCGCCGGCACGAGUUCUCGGUGACGUGGCUUGCAAAAUCGUUGGACGUCUGUAUGGGACUCUACGUCUCAUGGAUCGAAUCGCGCUGCAAGACGCUCGCGAUGCUCUCGUCUCGUGCACCAUUUCCAUCGCACAUGGCUGUGCGAAAAUUAGUUGAAAAGAGCGAGAACGGAGACAAAACAGCCAAGGACGAACUCACUGAGCUGCGGAGAGUGAUAACGAGUUGCCUGCCCGCUGAUGAAGGAGAGCUGUCGAUCUGGGCCCCGGUGCUCGACAAGAUCGACUCGCACGCCUCCAUUUUCGCUGACCACGCUGACAUCAUUGAAGAAAUGUCCCCAUCGUACAUCGCAGCCCUAAGCACAUACCGAAACAACGUCAUACGAACGCUGCGACAAGCGUGGUUGGGCAACGAUUCAAAUCGCUCUGCGGAUGGCGAGAAUACGAUCUUCAAGCACCUAGACAGCAUCAUCGCUCGAGUCGCACUUCACCUCACGCCAACAGAGACUGCAGAACGCGCACCUGAACCGCUUCUCGGAGGGUUUUUGAUGGAUUACGCCUGGAACUAUAUGAUCAAGGUCAAGGAGGCCAUCGCUGAGAUCUGCCGAUGGUUUGAGGCGCUGCUGGAUUAUUGGCGCUUCCUGCAUGGCAAGACGCAUGCGAUGGACGACUGGUCGACCGUCAUGCUGUCGAACAUAGCAAAGGAUCCACGAUUCGAAGAGGAAGGAAGCGAUACGGAGGUGAUGCAUAUCAUCUGGGAUUAUAGGCAGACGCUGGUCCUGCGUCUCGAAAAUUGCAUGAUCAGAAACAACCGCCGGCUGGACAUUCGCCCAAAGGACAAGAAGGCGUUCGACGCAGCCGUAGAAGCCUUUAAGGACAGCGAUCAGAUCACGAGUCAAGCGCUGCAGCAGUUGGUGCUCAAACGACGAGGAAAGCAUGCGGUGUCAAAUAGAGACUUGUCGAACGAAUCGCUGAAACUCGCCGGCACGAUGGCCCUCCAUGUCACGGCAUGGGAGUGGCACUCUCUCUCGAUCAAGAAUCCGGCGCGAGACAUACAGCCGUGCAUCAAUGCGAUAACGUUAGAGAGCAAGAUGAUCAUGGAGUAUCGUCCGAGAUUGUUCAAAGACAAGUGGGCGGGCUCGUUGCGGAGGCUGAUCGAACUCGCUCUAUGCAAACGACUCGAGCCCAAGCAGCUGAUGACGUCGAGAAGGGAGCUCUACACCGUCCAGGAGUGGACCUGGUGGGAUGGCAUCGUUCUGAGCCACUUGCUAUCCGACCCGUCGAAGAUUCUCGCCGAGAUCCAUGAAGAACUCGUCGAUAAGCAGCAUAAACAACUGGAACGACUCGCUCUCGAGACGCAGGACCGUGACGCAAUCCAGAAAGCUGUCAACUAUAUUGUCAAUAUGGCGGGAUCAAAGGUGGUUGGAACUCCGCAUUCCAGGAUCUCGGCCGAAGUGUUUGAUGCAUUGGUCAAACUCGUGCAGGCGUUAGAACUGAACACGACGAGAUUACGAACGCGUUCCAUUGCGAACGACGAAGAGCUACUUUUCAAUAUUAAAGAUGUCGUCCAGCUUCAGAUCGUGUUGCCUCCCUGCAUAAACAACGAAAACACAUUGGGCUACGAGGACCAGAGCAAUGACGAUGAUGUAGAUGAUGUAGAUGAGGCUGAGCCGGCGAUCAAACGUGUCCGACAGACGAUUCUAAGGGCACAUUUGUUAUGGCUAGCCAAAAGAGCACAAUCUGGGCAUUUCUCAACAUGUCAAAAAUGCCCAGAACAGGGGGGGUUGGAUCUGGGCAUUUCUGAACAUGUCAAAAAUGCGCAGAACAGGGGAGGUCAGAUCUGGGCAUUUCUCAAUGUGUCAAAAAUGCCCAGAACAGGGGGGGGUCGGAUCUGGGCAUUUCUCAACAUGUCAAAAAUGCCCAGAACAGGGGAGGUCAAUUCUGGGCAUUUCUCAACAUGUCAAAAAUGCCCAGAACAGGGGGGGGUCAGAUCUGGGCAUUUCUCAACAUGUCAAAAAUGCCCAGAACAGGGGAGGGUCACAGAGUACCAGGGUAUCGACAACAAUGAUCUCCACUGGAACCGUUCCACUGGAGGGUCACAGAGUACCAGGGUGUCGACAACAAUGAUCUCCACUGGAACAGUUCCAUCGGAGGCUCGACUCCAUGACAAGACAAAGACAUUAUCCCUCGUCAAGGGGAGUCCAUCCAUAGGUUCAACAAAGCAACUCAACCGUGGGAACUACUCCGAUAAAAAUGCAAAAAUCAAGCAAAAUCAAGCAAAGUCUGAACGAGGAUUCGACCCGGGCCAUAAGGAUAAGGAUAAGGAAUACGAUAGUCAAGACUACGAUAGCAAAAAAUCAAGAAAACAAGCAAAAGACAAGGAUAAGGAUCACGACGGUCAAGACUACGAUACGAUAAGCAAGUCAAGGAUAAGAAACGCGAUAGUUAUGGCUAGCCAAAAGAGCACAAUCUGGGCAUUUCUGAACAUGUCAAAAAUGCGCAGAACAGGGGAGGGGAGGUCAGAUCUGGGCAUUUCUCAAUGUGUCAAAAAUGCCCAGAACAGGGGGGGGUCGGAUCUGGGCAUUUCUCAACAUGUCAAAAAUGCGCAGAACAGGGGAGGUCAGAUCUGGGCAUUUCUCAACAUGUCAAAAAUGCCCAGAACAGGGGGGGGUCAGAUCUGGGCAUUUCUCAACAUGUCAAAAAUGCCCAGAACAGGGGGGGGUCAGAUCUGGGCAUUUCUCAACAUGUCAAAAAUGCCCAGAACAGGGGAGCAAUUCAACCGUGGGAACUACUCCGAUAAAAAUGCAAAAAUCAAGCAAAGUCAAGCAAAGUCUGAACGAGGUUUCGACCUGGGCCAUAAGGAAAAGGAUAAGGAAUACGAUAGUCAAGACUAUGAUAGCAAAAAAUCAAGAAAACAAGGAAAAGACAAGGAUAAGGAUCAUGAUAGUCAAGACUACGACACAAUAAGCAAGUCAAGGAUAAGAAACGCGAUAGUCAAGACUACGAUAAGGAAGUCAAGGAUAAGAAACGCGAUAGACUACGAUACAAUAACUUACGAUAACAAUACGAUAGUCAAGGAUAAGGAUAAGGAUAAGCAGGGCAAUCAUAUGUUAGACCGCCCCCACCCACCCGCCCGUUAG